GUAAGCAGAGGGUUGGCAGAGGUGCUCGUGAUCCACUCCUCAGAAGCUGACUGUCUGGAGCGAGAGGAGCCUGUGGGGGAUCCGUCAGACACAGAAGCAGGUGCAGGGGGAAGCAGAGGGCAGGCGGAGGUGCUUGUGAUUCACUCCACGGAAAGUGACUUCUUGGAGGGAGAAGAGCGUGCACAGGAGCCGCUAGACAGUGUAACAGACUUAGGAGCAGGAGCAGGAGGAAAAGGGCUUUCACAGGAGCCGCUAGACAUUGCAGCAGAAGUCGGAGCAGGAGCAGCAGCAGGUGUAGGAGCAGGAGGAAAAGAUUCUUCACAGGAGCCGUUAGGCCUUGCAGCAGCCGUGCACGAGGUGAGUGGUGAGGAUGGGACUGUAGAGGGGGUGGGGAGUGAGAAGGUGGCUAUAGGGGAGGUGAUUGUAGCGGCCAUGGCACUGUGGAGAGAAGUGAGGGAGCAUAGGGAGGAUGUGGGGCUGGCUGUUGAGGGGGCUUUGGUGGAUAGGGUUACCGCACGGAGUGAGGAUGUUGUAACGGAUGUGACUAUAGGCGAGAGGGGACUGGAACGAAGGGGGGUUGAUGCGGGAGUGGGUGCUGAUGUGGAUGCUGAUGUGGUGGCUGACGUUGGGGUGCUGAGCUGGCAGGAGGUGUGCAAGCAGGGGAGGGUGAUUGUAACGGGAGCGAAGGCCCUUAUGGCUCUCUUGGAAAGACUUGAAUGGGAGGCUGUGGGAUGUGACGUGAUGAGACGGCCAGCGCCAGAUGUAACCCUGCCAGGGACAGAUGUUACCCUGCCAAAGGUAGAUGUAACCUUAGCAGGGGAAGAUUUGGUGGCACUGGCGGAGCAGCACCUUUUGCUGCUGAGUCAGCAGCCGCGUGGAGGACGGAUAGGGGAGGAGGGUGUGCUUAUGCGUGAUGUGACUGUAGCCGGCAUGACUGCAGAAGGACCAGUGGAGAGUGUAGGGCGAUUGGUGGACCUCCUGUUUUUCAUGGUCGGCGUUCUGAGAGUGAUGGAGAAGGGGAGGGGUAUGGAGAGAGAAGGGAUUGCUGGGAAAGAGGAGAAUUGGGAGGAGGAGGGGGGAGGGAGUGGGGAGGGAGAGAUAGUUGGAAACGAGGUGGAAGAGGACGAGGAGGAGGAGGAAGAGGGGGAGUGGGAGGAGGAGUGGGAGGAGGAAGAGGGAUGGGGAGAAGACGAAGUGGAGAUGGAUGCAGAGGAUGGAGACGAGGGGGAGGAGGAAGAGAGAAGGCGUCAGGUGGAGCUCUGGCAGCGGAGUGGGAAACUGCUCGAGGCAGCCACAGAGCACGCUGCAGUGCUGGCGGGCCGCGUGAGAGGAGUGGAUAGAUGCUCCCUGGCAGGCCAGCAGGCGGAGGAUGGGAGGGAAGAGAGACUGGUAAGCAGCGGCAGGCAGAUGGGGGCUGUAGGGACGAGUGAAUGCAAGGGGCAGCAGCGGGCGCAGAGGGGCCAGCAGCAGCAGGGGAUGACGUCGCUGUUUGCGCUGAUUGAAAGCGCCGAGCUGCUCUGGGGCUGUGUUGUCUCGUCUGCGGCUUCUGGUGGAGACGAUCUGGAGCCCGGGGCCGGAAAUCUCUCAGGAAAAGCAGCAGGAGCAGCAGCAGCAGCAGCAGCUUUUAGAGACCGAGCAGCAGCCCAUGGGGUGCAGGUAUGUGCUGCAGUGGCGAAGAACCCACCUCCCUCAGGAGCUACUACAGAAGGUGCAACUGACCUUGGUGUUGCUCAAGAGGGGAUUGCGCUGGUGGCAGCAGCAGCAGAAACCGUCAGAGGGAUCCUGAUCAGCAGGAGGACGAGUCUAGGAUUGGAGCAGCAGCAAGAACAGAAGGAGCAAGAGCGGCUGGCAGAAGAGCAGGAGAGGGGGGUUGAGCAGGAGCAGGUGCAGGAGCAGCAGCAGCAACUUCUCCCACCACCCAAACAUUGGCUAUCACACCUGCUGUUCUCUGGGUGGCUGCUGCUGCAACGCCAUGCUGCUGCUGCUGCAGAGGCUGCAGCGAUUGUAGAGGGGUUAGGGGCUGGAGGGACACUUGAGACUGUGUCAGCUCCCUCAGUUACCUCCACUCUCCAGCACAGGCUUUCGUUCCUCCGCACCCUAGUGGAAGCCUAUAGGAAGCUUCUGCAAGCAGCUGCAGGGUUUUGCGAAAGUCACGGGGAGAAAGGGGGCGGGGGAAGAGAGGUGAUGCAAGGGGAGUCGGGUCUGGGUGGGUCCGAUUGGUUAGGAUGGAAUGUGGGUGUGAGGGAGUGUGAGAAGGUGUGUGAGGGGAUAUUACAAGAGGUCAGUCGGAUGCAGGGGUGGUUUGAGCCAGCAGAAAGAACAGAUGAUUUGGGCCAAGGAGAGCUGAGCGUGCAGCAGGUUCGUGGGCAAAUGCUGGUUUCCCUGGGCUUCUCAGGGCUGGCGGCAGUGGCAGGGGUGGUGAGAGAGGUGGAGACGAAUGCAGCUCAUGACCCGACUCAAAGGAAGACGAAUGCAGGCAAUAGGGAGGGUUGUGUGAAGGGGGGGGGUUGUGGAGCUGAGAGGAGGAGGCAGCAAAGAAAGCUCGGUGCGUCCCGGAGGUCAAAGAGAGAGGGGCGGCUGAGGGGCUCAGUGAUAGGUGGGGAGAGAGCAGGAGAUGGGGGGGGGAGUGGAGAAGCACCAGGACCAGGUGAGAAUGGGACAGCAGAGCUUGCUGCUGCUGAUGAGCGCAUUACAGAAACGAGUGUGCAUGUAAGGGAGGCUGGAAGGCUGCUGGAUCGGGUGAGGGAUGUGGUGAGUGGGCUUGUUGUAGCACAGCAGUGGUUAGAGAAAGGAGGUUCGGAUGAAGGAGGUUCGGAGAGAGGAGGUUCGGAGAAAGGAGGUUCGGACCGCGCCGUCCUUGUAUCGCUACAGCCGCAUGCUACAGCUCCAGAGAAAGCUUCGUCAGACGAUUCGCAAGCGAGUUCGCAUGGGGAAAAUGCAGAGGCAGAGAAUGAGAUCUGCGAAGAUUCCUGCUACAGCCAGCAGGCCGCCGCCCAGAUGGUGCUGGGUGUUCUCGCGGAUUCUGUCCGGCAAUUUUGUCUUGUAGCGGGAAAGGGCGGGUUCAGGGAUGGUGGCUCCCUUGCGGGAAGUGAGAUGGGUGCUGAGCGGUGGGGAGGGAAGCUUCUGAGAAGGGCAGGGAGGAGCUGUGCUGUGGUGAUUGGUGCUGCUGCUGCCUUGGCUGGCCGGGUGAUUGCAGAGGAUAUGGGCGGAGGAAGGGGAAGACGUGGAGGAGGGGCGGAGAGGAGAGGGGGAGGAGAGGAGGGGAGAGAUGGUGGGAGAGAAGAGGAUCUAGGGGAUGGAGUGCGAGCAGCAGCACAUGCGCUAGUGCACGCAGCAGAGAGACACCUGAGACUGAUGAAGGCUCUUGAGAGGGAGACGAAGCAGCAGCACCAGCAGCACCAGCAGCACCAGCAGCAGCAGCCUUGCGUGGUAGUGGUUGAAGAGGCGGACACGUGCAGCAGAGCAGCCGGCGGAACAGCGGGGGAGCUACAGGGACACCGAGCACUUGAAGCGGCGGUUGAGGAGAGCGGCGUUGGCGAGGACUCUCGGCAUGAGCGUCAGAGACCGUCAGCUGCCUUGGCCCUGCUCCUGGCUCACGAGGUAGAGAUGCUUGUGGCGGCAAUUCAAGAACCUCCUCCGCCUGAGCUUCUCGGUGAGCUUCUGAGAAGCUCCGCCUGGGCUCAAGGGGUAUCUGCUCUUGGGUUGCCUCCCUGUGUCGUUGCUCCGGAGACCACACUCCUGGGAACCGUCAAGCACGUGUGGCAGCAGCAGCAGCAGCACCAGUGCUCCAAAUCAACGCUGCCUGCCUUCUUGCCUCCUGGUAGUAAUGCAGUUUUGAUGUCGCACGGCCAAGAGCACGCGAGGCUGGAGCUCUCGCUCAGCAGAGUUCUCUUCCGGGCAGCCCGGCUCGGGCAGGCUUUGCUGCCGCACGUGCCACUCGUUCUCCCUGCCAAACUCGCGCCCUCGGUUCAGCGGCUACUGGACUGUGAAACAGACAGCACAGCUGCUUCCUCUGCUGGCGGCUUCGCCUGGCUAGUGGGGUGGACAGAAGUCGUGGGGGGGCUAUCAGCACAGCUGGUGCGACAGCAGAAGCAGGCAGGCGGGGGACUGACAGGUGGGGAGCUAUUCGCACAGGCGGUAGCAGCCAGAGAGCUGGCACGGGACCUCCUGAUGCGGGAUGAACCUGGAGCAGUGGGUGUUGAAGGGAGUGGCGCCCGUUCUGACCAUGGAGCUGCUUGCUCUGAGUAUCGGCCUAAUGGUGAGGGUGGCAGUCCGCUACUGGUAGGGUGGCAGUCCACAACUGGUGUGCUGAGUCAGGCUGCUGCCCUGGCUGAUCUGGCGGCUGUGCAUGCUGAGUCGUGUGUCGAGUUUGCUGAGUCAGCAGCAGCUGGAUCGGGUGAUGACACCUGGCAAGACCUGCUGACUCAGGCAGAAGGGCUGGUGUUGGAAACUUCCAGGCAGCUUGAGAUGCUGUGGCAGGCAAAGAAGCAGAGAAGCAGCAGCAGCCGCAGCAGCGGCAGUGGCAGCAGCAGCAGGCAUGAGAAGGGAUGGCAGGAGGAGUGUCCGGCAGAAAUCAGCAGGCACUAUGGCAGGACGGGCAGGGAUGGAGAGGAGGGCGAUGUGUUCACAUUCACACUCCUUGUGAGGAUGGUGGAGCAGGCUCAGUCUCACCACUCGCUGCUGCUCCAUGCGAUGCAGAGAAGGGUGCCAGGGGCAGCAAGAGAGACAGAGACUAGUGCUCCUAGUGUGGAGGCUGCAUGUGGGGGAGGUGCAUGUGGAGCAGGAGAGCUGGCUUGCAGAGUGCAGAGGUCAGCUGUUCGUCGCUCCGCCCUGCUUCUGAGGCAUGGUGCCUCGUCUCUCCUCCACCACCUCUCCAUCACUCAUGCUGCCAUGCCUGGCCAUGUAACGGGGGCCGAUCUCGCUGUGUCCUCCUCUCAUGGCCCAUCACCCAACGCUCCUCCUCUCCCCUCCACCAUCAAUCAGUUGGCCUUGUCUGCCGCAGCAACGGCGGCCGAUCUUGUUGCGUCCUCCUCCCUCCUUGCAGCUCUCCUGCACGCGCUGCUGGCUGCAACCCUUGAUGGUGCCGCCAGAACUUAUCUUGAUGCUCCUUCCUGUUCAGAAACAUCAGCACCAUCAGCACCAUCAGCACCAUCAGCACCAUCACAAACACCUGCUCCCCUGGAUUCAAUCACUGGUGCAGCAACUUCAGCUGCUCUGCUGACUCAGCACCGUGCCACUGUCGAGUCACUCACCCUCUCCCUUGCUGACGUGGCAACUGACCUGGACACGCAGCUUGCCAGACUGGCAGAUUCAUGCCUCCUUCGGUCUGCCUGCGCUGACGUGGCGCUUGCGUAUUGGUUGCUGAGCGCAGGGCACGAGCUCGUGCUUUGUUCUCAUAGCCACAUUCACGAAAGCAGGCGCGGCCAGGCGGUUACCACAAGUGUUACGGUGAGCAGCACUACUGCACAGGCGGAACAACAGAUUGGUGGUGUUACAGUUACAGAUAGUCUGGCUGUCUCGGGUGCCACGGAUCUGGCAACAGCAGCAGCAGCAGCAGCGAGCAACACGGGCCGUGCUGCAGCCGUGGCUCUUAGAGCGCUGAGGCUGCUCCUGUCAGGCGUAACUGGGGGGUGUCUCCCUGCACCAGAUCGCCCUGCACCAGUUGCGCCUGCACCAGUUGCACCUGACCCGCUCGUGCCUCCUGCUCUCUCCUCCAGCCUGCAGCAGCUGCUGACUGCAGCAGACUCGCUGCUUGAAACGCAAAGCAGAGAGAGGAGCAAGAUCUCGACAGGUAGUCUCUCAGUCUCAGCGCCCACCACCAUGCCCUCUGUGUCAUGGCUGCGCCUGUGCUCCCACGCUCUCCCUCUCAUGUCCGAACUCCAUGCACGGCUUCAUGGAGGCAGAGCAGCAGCCUCGGCUUUCGCCUUGUCGAAUCGCCUUAGAUCCCGUCCGCCCAUAGCAGCAGCCGUGCCUGUGGUCUCCGCCCUCCUGCUGCGCUGCCUCCUGCGGCUGGGGGAUGCAGUGGCUGGGGUGUGGGGGGAGACAGGUGGAGGGGGAAGGGGGAGGAGGAAGAGGAGGGGAGGAAGGGACGGCAGGGGAAAGGAAGGGAGCAACAGCAGGGAACGUAGUAUUAGUGGGGGGUUGGAGAAGCAGCAGGAGGAGCUUCACUGUGGAUGGAUGUACUCCAGUGAAGCCGCUGCUGCUGCUGCUGCUGACAAUGCUGGCAAUGCUGACUCCUCUGCCGCUGUCCUUCCGGUUUGCGUUGCCCCGCUUCCCCCUCUCGCCUGUGCAGCAGCAUCAGCAGCAGCAGAGGUUGCACUGAUAGCCUUGCUCCACCUCACCCCCCUCCCUCAACCCGCUUAUGGAUCGGAGCAAAGCAGGCAAAGGGAGGAAGGGGCGGGUGGGGUGGGGAAUGGGGGAGGGGAGCAGAGGGAACGAGGGGAGGAGGGAGAAGGAUUUAAGGGGCCUAUGCUGAACGGAGCACCUCUGCCUCUUCUGUUUGGCGACUUCUGUGCCUCUGUCUGUGCCAAUGCUGCUGCAGACCUUGCUACUGCAUCCACAGCUAAUACCAAUGGAACCGAUACGGCCAUAAAGAGUACAGCUGUAGCUGCUACCCCUGCGAUUCCCAGUGCUACAGCUCUUGCUACAGCCUGUAGACUCGCUGCUGAAGCCUCUGCACUCCUUUCCAUGCUUCAGUCACUGAUUUCGGAUGCAACUGCAGCUGCUGCUACAGCUGCAGCUGAUGCUACAGAUGUGCCUGACGCGAUCGCGGCUGUCUCCGGUGCUACAGCGGCUGUUGCACAUACACCCUGCAGUGGGGGGACGUCAGCUCAGCUGGGUGUUUCUGAGAAUUCUCAGAAGCACUCAGCUCAGCUCCUUCUUCCAGCGGUGGCGAUGGGGGGGGCGGCAGCAGUGGUGGCCCACACAGUGGUGCAUGCGCUUUCCCUGGAGCUCGCUCUUUCCCUCGGCCUGCAAUCCAAUGGAACGGCAGAGCGGUUCAGAGCAUUGGUACAGGGAGCAACUCACCUCUCGCACUUACUUAAGAGCCACUUAGCCGUGCUCCAGCAGGCAGCGAACCAGGGCUGUGGGGCCCCUAGGUUCUUCCUCGCGAUGACAGAUGGCGCGACGCUAUUCGCUCGAAAGCUACAGGGCCACAUAGCAGAGCUACAGGUGUCUGAGGCUAGUGUGGGGGAUAAGGGGAGGGGGAAGGGGGGAGAGGGAGGGGGAGGAGGGGAGGAGGGAAGGGGGGAAUGGAGUGGGAAAUGGAGUGGAAAGUUUGGGGCAGCUACGGCAGAGGAGGAUUUCGCCCGGGCAGCUGGAGGAGCAUUCCGAUUGGUCUCGGAAGCUGCCCGGCACGCCGGGCGGCUAGAGUUGGAAGCUUCUUGGGAUGGGGAAGGGAUGGGAGGCAACAGCGGACCACCCAAACCCAGGCUGCUGCUUUUCGAGCGGCGUACAGCGGUCAAGUCUCUGAUGCACGCCAAGAGGGUAGAGGCUGAAUGGAUGUGGGGGGGAAGCGACGAGGAGGAGGAGGCGGAUGAGGAGGGAGAGGAGGGAGGGGUUAGUUACAGUAGAGGUGAAAGAGGGAGGGCAGUAAAGUACAGUGGGCGAAGGAGCAGCGGCAGGUUUGGCGGGAGCGGCAGGUAUGGGGUGAGCAGGAGGAUGAACGUGGAGCUGCUUAUAGAGGGGAUGAAUAUAGCAGCAGAGCUGGUGUGCCACAGUCAUAGGAUCCUGUCCAAGACGUCGGGGGUGUCUGCCUGGACUGGUCAAGUCACAGAAGCAGCUAUUGCCCUUGGCUGGGCAGAGGGCAAUUGGCUGGGCGCCCUCCCUCCGCUGCCUGCUUCUUGUGGCCCCAGGGCCUCUGCUCUCUCCAACGUCCACAGGGGAGGGGCCUUUCCUGCUCUCUCGUUUUUCACUGUCAGGCAGCCGUGUUCAGAAGCAGUGUCAGCAGCACAGGAAGGGUUGCAGGCACAUGGAGGGGCAGGGGGGGUUGCUCAGGUACAAGAGCAAGGGGGUGGUAAAAGGAAAGAUUCUGGUGGGAUUGUUGCUGCCACAACAACCACCACCACCGCCGCUGCUGCUGCUGCUGCUUCUCCAUCUGUGCUUUCUGCUUCAAGAACUGGCAUCACCACCCCCUCUCCUCUCCUCUCCUCUUCCUCACACAUGCACCCAAGCUCCAGCUGUCGCUCCGCCAUUCAUCCUUCGCCCCAUCCUGACUCCAUCCUCCCCAUUCCUCUCUUCCUUUCCUCUUCUGAGGAGGAUCGGAGCAGCCUCGGCACGGACCUAACCCAGGAGCAAAUUUGGAGCAGCCCUGGCCUUGUGCCGAACCAAGAUCAGCUUCAGAUCAGCUCCGGGCUGGACUUGGCUCGAGAGCAGGAUCGGAGCAGCCUUGGAAGCGGGGGAAGUGGGAAGGGGAGAGGUGGAAGAGAGGGGAGGAAAGGGAGGGAGAGGAGAAGGAUGUUAAGAGUGACUGGGCCCGGAAUCGAGAGUGCAUCGGCAUCAGCAGCAGCAGCAGCAGCAGGGAUUGACGGGUCUGGAGGAGGGGGGCUUAGGAGGGAGCACUCAGGAGGAAGCCUAGGAGGGGGGAGCAGUGGGAGCAGGAAAGGGGGGGCAGGAGGAGGAGGGGACGAGCUAGGGGCAGCAGCAGCAGGAGAGAAAUCAGGAGAAGGAAAGGCAGCGAAUGGUUUGGUUCGGGGUGGUUCCGGAGCUGGAGGUUCGGUAGGAGGCUCGGCAUCUGGAGGUCCGGUAGGUGGAGGCUCGGGAGGGGGGGGAGGGAGCGACACGGGCAGCUUGAAACUUGGCCUCCGAUCCCUCCUGGGGUCGCAGGGUUCGGGCAGCUUGAACGAAGCUAUCAAUGAUUUUUUGGAGGAGUUGGAGGUUGGGGUGGGGCGGGGCAAGAAAGAGAAGGGGGAGAGGGGGAGAGGGAAGGGCAGGGAGGAGAGAAAUGAAGGAAAUAAGAGUUUGGACAUGCCGGCUGAUGGUGGUGCUGCUGCUGGCGGUGGGGGUGGGGGUGGGGGUGGUGCUGCUGCUGCUGCUGAUGCUGACACUGAUGCUUGGAGUAUGUCCAGUGGUGGUUGGGCGUCGUCCCUUGGAGGUGGGGUGGAGGGAGAGGAGGUGGGGGAGGAGAUUGAGGCGGGGAUGUGGGAGGAAGGGGAGAAGAUUGGAGGCAGAGGGGGGAAGGAAGAGAAGGAGGGGCGUGAGCAACGAGGAGGUUUGGGUGGGGAAUUUGGGCGAGAGGGAGAGGGGGAUGAGGAUGGGGAGGAGGAUGAGGAUGAGGAGUGGUAUCGAGAGCUGCUGAUAAAUAUGAAGGAUGUAGAUUUAGGGUUUGAAGGCAGAUCAGACGGCAUGGCUCUAGGGUUUGGGAGAGAAGCAGCUGGAGAGAAGGGACGAGAGGUAUGGGAGGAGGAACGAGACCGACAGGGGGAGGGUCAACUGGAGGGAAGAGAGGAGACCGAAAGGAAAGGCCCCAGCCCUUGCAGCACGGACAGUGACGCAGGCACCAUAGCUUCGGAAGUUACCGACGCUGUCCCGGACCUGCCAUUUAGGCUCGGGAAGCGGUUCUACAACCUAGACUCCAUGCUGACGAUGCGUGAACCUGCACAAUCAUCAGGUGCUGCUGGGAUUGGCGCCGGGGGAAAGCUGUUUUCAGGGUAUUUGGACAGGAAGGGACGUGGAAGGACCCUUAUUGAUGGAGCGGUGGUGGGGGGGGUGGGGAAGGUGGGGGCAGUGGGAGCGGUGGGGGUGGUGGGGAUGAUGGGAAAAGUGGGAAAUGGUUUAGGGAGGAGGGAAGGAGAAGGAGAGGGCAAUGGGGGCGAGAAGGGUGACUGUGUUGAGAGUGAUAGCGGCGAGUGGAGGCAAAUAGGUUCAGCAGAGGGGGGAGGAGGAGGUGGAGGCAGAAGGGAAGGGGGUGAGUUGGAAGGAGCCUCUGGCGGCAUUGAGAGCGCUUCAGGGGAGAGUGCAUGUGAUGCUGCUGCUGAUGCUGCUGCUGCUGCUGCUGAUGCUGCUGCUGUCUUGGCUCUUGCUCAUCCGGCUUCUUCUGGUGGUGAUGUUGGCGCUGAUGCGGAUGCUGCUUCAGCUGAAGCUGGUGUGGCCUAUGAUAAGUUUACUGGUGUGCAGAUGGAGGAACACAAGCCACCUCCAGCACCAGCAGCAGCUGCAGCAGCAGCGGCAGCGGCACCACUACCACCAGCAGCACCAGCAGCAGCAGGAGCAGAAAGUGCAGUCGCAGCAGAGGAACAUUUGCCAACAGCUGUGGAGGUUGCGACAGGAGAUUCUAAACGCCUUCCAAUGGAUGACACGGCUGAACCGGAUGCAAGAACGUGCGAAACGGCUUCCCACAGUGCAAGCAGAAGGGGAGAAGCAGCAGCAGUGGCAGCACCAGCAGCAGCACUACGACCAGCACCACCAGUGUCAGCAGCAGCAGAAGCAGCAGCUACUGCAGCAGAGGCAGCAAACGCCCCUGCUUCAGAGGGAAGCAUUUGCUUCCCAUCAGCUGUGGUUGAGAGUCCAUCCACUGGUGCUGCUGUCCCAUCUCUUGCCAGUGCUAGCACACAUGGGGAUGGCAACAUGUGCGUGUAUGACCUUGCACGUGGUGACAGUAACAAAGGUGUCAAUAACGAGGGUGACCAUGAGAGGGAUGAGGCUGUAGAGGGUGACAAGAACGAAGGUGAGAAUAUAUUAGGUUCGGAGCACCUGGACGGGGCUCUCAUGCAAUUUGACGAGGUUUCCCGAGCCAAGCAGGCUCGGCGGCAGUGCCAUGCCGAAGCUAAGGCUGCCGUGGCUGCAGCUUUGGAUGCCCAGGAUGACCUGGCAGAUGCCGAGGCUGCAUUGGAGGAAGCUUCGAAGGAAGCGGCACGGGUCAAGGCAUGUGUUGAGAAUGAAGGCAUAAGUCAUGUGGGUGUAAUUGCGAUGGCAGCAGAUGCAGGUGCUUCGUUGGGGGGAGCUGCUGGGGAGGUUGGAGAGGUCAAGGCAUGUGCUGAGAAUGAAGGCAUAAGUCAUGUGGGUCUAGGAACGAUGGGCGCAGAUGCAGAUAAGGGAGCGGAGGCACAAGUGGAAGGCGGUAAGGGAUGUGCAGACGGGAAGGAGGGAGAGGAGGGAAAAGGGGGAGAGGAGGGGCAGGAGGGUGCGGAGGGAGAGGAGGAAGCGGAGAGUAGGGAGGGAGAGGUUGGAGAGGGGGAAAGGGAGGGGAAGAUGCAGGUUGAGAAUGGGGAGGGCAGUGGCAAGACUACCGAGGAUGCAUCUCUUUCUGCUGUUUUUUCUUCUGCCCAAGCUGCCCUGGAGCAAGCACAGCUCGCCCGCAACGAAGCUGCUGCCCGGAUGCGCACCCAGCGGCGCCGGGCAGCUGCAAAAGUUUCGUCCCUGGAGGCCGCCCGGUCCCUCUACACCACGCUGCUGCGGGCAAAGGAAAAACGGGUAGCUGAAAUAAACAGCGCUGCUUAUGGCAUGAUUGAGGAGAUGAAAGCAGCAACCGGGUGUGUAACACCUGGUGUGGUAACCCCACGGGGGGGUUCUGCUGCCAGUAGUGAAUUGCCAGAUGUGCGAAGCUGCUCUGAUGGUGUAGAGGAUGACUAUAACGAGGAUAAUGAAGGAGGGGGGAAGAGGAGAGGGGAGGCAAAGCAAUCGGUGCUAGAGCAUGGUGUGCAUGUGGCUUUGGGUCGUGAUGACAUGGAUGAGCUGUUUGCUCAGAGGGCUGAGAAUGAAGGGGAGGAGCAAGGGGAGAAGCAAGGGGAGGAGCAAGGUGAGAAGCAAGGGGAGACGCAAGGGAAGGAGCAAGGGGAGAAGCAAGGGGAGGAGCAAGGGGAGGAGCAAGGGGAGAAGCAAGGGGAGAAGCAAGGGGAGGAGCAAGGAGAGAAGCAAGGGGAGAAGGAAGGGAAGGAGCAAGGGGAGGAGCAAGGGGAGAAGCAAGGGAAGGGGAGAAGCAAGGGGAACAGGAGGAGAAGAGAGAUGAGGGGAAGUAGGGUUAAAAGGAAGACUCGGUUGCUUCUUCUAACUUGGCAGUAGGUUCAGAUAUGCUUGAAAUCCGCAGGAUCAGCAAAAAGUUUCCUGCAGUGGCCGUUUUGCAAUCAACCAACCGUUACUGAAUGGUCCGUGCAGUCUGAAUUCGUGGGAUCGAGGAGGCUCAGGGUAAAUUCUGGAGGGGGUGUCAGACCCGAGGGUUUCACUCAGGGCCUCAGAUUUCAAGCCACUUGCCCUGAUUCAGGGUCUUUUCAGAGUGCUUGCUUGUACCAAGUUACCAACCCUGACUUGUAAGGGCCCAAUGCUGAAAUAUGAGAUUUUUUU